AUGCCUCCACGAAAAGUGUACAGAAAUGUACCCGUGAAUGAGGAAGAACCCAGAGAACCUACGCCGCCACCCCCACCUCAAGAUAGGAGGGUGGAAGAACUUUUCUUAAGACAGAACCCACCGACUUUCGCAGGCACGGGAGACCCUGCCGAAACGGAAGAAUGGAUUCGUGCUAUGGAACGAAUCUUUCGAUUUUUGAGAUGCAACGACGCAGAACGUCUUAUGUGCAUGUCUUACCAGCUGAAAGGAACCGCCGACUAUUGGUGGGAAGCAAAGCAGAAAACUAUGGCCCCGGAGCAGUUAGAUGAACUCACUUGGGAUCUUUUUAAGAUUGCUCUGUGUGAGAAGUUCAUACCCAGAAGCUAUAGGAAAAAGAAGGAAAUGGAGUUUACCACCUUAAAGCAAGGGAAUAAAACUGUAGUGGAGUACGAUCGACUAUUCUGCGAUCUGGCCCGCUAUGCACCGUAUAGAGUGGAUACAGAUGAGAAGAUGUCCGAGUUGUUUUGCGCCGGACUGCGACAAGAGAUAAGAGUCGUAUUGGCAAGUCAAACGGCACUUUCCUACGCCGAGGCCUUGAAUAGAGCUCUAGAUAUGGAGCUAGCAAUGCAGCCAGAGAAAGCGGCACAUGCACCAGUGCCUCCAUCAGCUCAAUACACGCAAGCAUCAAACACUCCCUACUCUAACCAAGGACAGAAAAGAAAACGCAAAUGGGAAAAUCGUGGAAUGAGAGUAAAAAGCCAUGGCAAGGCCAGAAUGUUCAGCCUCCAUUCGUGA